AUGACAACGGAGAGAAGGGAGUGUACCACCGUCAGCUACACCAUUGGUGUUGCAGAGUACACUGCCCUCCUCAAGAUCGAGAACACCACCAAUGAUUUGCUAGCACCAGAAUCAUCCGACGCGGCAUCACCUUUCCAGUUCACUCGCUUCCCUUGGCCGAAAUAUAGAAAUGCUCUUACCUCUUUUAUCGAUGCCAAGAAGAUCUACUCUUCUUCGACUUCUCCCUUCCUUUCACCUUCAGAUCUGAAAGAAGUAUUGGGCGUCGCGUCCUAUUUCAUACCUUUUUCUCUCUCUCUAUCUCUUCUCAUAUGA